CUCUCAAAGGCUUCAAACUUUCUCUGCGUCACCGAAGCUUUACUCCUGGGGAUCUACUCAUCCAGAUGGGUGGUUUCGUUGUCGCUGCCCAGGACAGUGGAAGCUGUCGAGACACGCGAUGAUGGCGCCUCCGAGCGGAGCGGCCUCAUACAAGAAGAAGGACGGCACUCUGACUCUGUCCAAGGAUGAGCAGACUCUCACCUGGAGCCCAGCUGUGGCUGGACCUGCGGGCUUGAAUAUCGCCGUUUCUACCAUCACCAACCUACAACAGACCCCCGCAACGAACCCCAAGGUGAUGCUCAAGGUCUUUGCCCUCGCCCCGAACGCCCCGCCGAAUACCACGCCAGACCAAUAUGUUUUCUUAUUUACGGCAGGGCCAGACGCUGCUCGCCCGCAGGCCGACGCCAUCAAAAAUGCCCUCAGCGCCCGAAUGAACGCAGGGAAGGCGGGAACGCCCACGCAAACGCCCACCCCGGGUGCCGCUGCUGGAGGGGGUUUGUCCGCGGCGAUGGCGAUCGCCAAUGCCGUCUCGUCGGCAGGGACGUCGAAGAAUCCGUGGGACGACGAUAAUAAGCUCAAGGGCGAUGUGGAACUGCAACAGUCGCUGCUGAAAGCCGACCCCACCCUGCAACGGAUGUUCAUGGAAUCAAUACACACGAAACCCGAUAGCCUGACAUCGGCCCAGUUCAUGUCCCAGUUCUGGUCGACCCGGUUGCAUCUUCUGCGAGCCCAUGCGAUCGAGCGGGCGCAGACUCGUGGCUCGUAUAACGUGCUGUCAUCACUGAAGCCGCGCGUGGAAGAAAAUGUGACUCGGCUGAACAUCAGCAAGGAGCAGAUCUCGCUGAUCUUCUCGCAGCAUCCACUGGUCAAGCGGGUGUAUGAUGAGAAUGUCCCCAAGUUGAGCGAGCAGCAGUUCUGGUCGCGGUUCUUCCAAAGUCGACUGUUCAAGAAGCUGCGUGGAGAACGUAUCUCCGACUCGGAUGCUACGGACGCUAUUUUGGACAAAUACCUCCGAGAAGAGCACCCCGACGCCAAUCGAGAGGCAUUCGUCCCCCAUUUUAUGGACUUGGCGGGAAAUGAAGUUCAUCACAGCCAGCGCCGUGGAAACAGGCCGGAUCUGGACAUGCGGCCAUCUGGUGUAGACAAGGUGCCCAUUAUUCGGACACUCAAUAGUCUCAGUGAGAAGAUUAUGGCCAACGUUGCUCCGGCGGAUGGAGAUGUGACUGCUCCCAUUGGAAUGGACGAGGAGACUUGGCAGGAGAUGCAAUUACGAGAUCUCCACGGUGAUGAGGAGCAGGCUCGUGUCACGCUGAACAUCCGCGAUCAAAACCGCUUCUUCUCGCAGACUCAGGAGGACGAGCAGACCCGGGCAUUUGCCCAGCAAGACCCGGACCAGAUUUUGAAGGCUCUGCGGUCCGAGAUUGCGCAUAGUCUGCCACUUGGCGGGACUGCGCCGCUCCAAAAACUUGUCGACCCGGGCGACGACGAGGAUGAGGAGGUGGAAGACGCACCAGCCAGUAAGCGUCCCGUCGGAUCAUCGGCAGCCCUACACGAUGCAUUUGCACAGAUUCUGGGCGCGGUCCGCGAGCAGCGCGACCAGAUGAACGAGGGAUCUGCGUCCGAUACGUACGGACUUUCCACGGGACUUUACGACCGGUUGACCCUAACACACGCAACAUCAACCGAGUUCCUCAAUCAAUUCUGGCAAGCCUUCCUCUCAGGCAAUCCUGAGCGGGCUAUCGAAGCACAGUCCCUUUCGGAAUCCCUGACUCGCGCGAUAGAACGCAUCAAGGCCGUUGCCAACGAUGCAGAAGUCGAACGACAAGUCGAGGUCGACCGGCGAAAGAACGCGGCACGCGAAUACUUUGAAAGAACUAAGCGCAAGCCCCGGCUGAAUCUGGAUGAUAUUGAAGGUGGCCAGAAAGUGGUCAAUCAGCUUCUGGGGCCGACAUUGCAUGCGUUGCAGCUAGCGUUGGCCAGGUAUAAGACUACACUAGAAGCGGAGAAGGCCGAGGCGGCUAGAGAAGCGGCCUCGCUGGCUGUGUAGAGAAGAGAUGAUGCGAUGGUGAUGUGCAGCCAAACAAGAUAAAAGGAGGCAAGACUUUCUAGCGUUAUUUGGAGACUUGGGCAUGGGGUGAUUUGAACUGUAUAAUAUCCAAUAACGCAUCUGCUUAAUCUCUCUUUUUACCUUUAGUGUAAAUGUACGGAGUAAUUAAGUGUGACGAUGGAAAAGCCACGAUUGUGCGUGGCUUUUAGAGGGAGAAUCGUUGUCUUUUCACCUAUGUAUGAUAUUGCAUGCCUACCUUUCGCUACUAAGGCUAAUUAAGAGAACACUG